AUGGAUGAAAAUGACAAAGAGCUGGUACAACAUUUUAGUUUGAAUCAUAGUUUUCGUUAUCAGAACAGAGACUUUGUACCUUCUAAAGAAAUUUUUGAUGGAGGCGAUUUAAAAUUGGAAAAAUAUACUGAACAACCAUUAGUAUACGAACCAAUUACGGAAAGUUCUCAGGAUACGCAAUAUUUACCGUGGGACACAUUUGCGAAAAAAUUUGCAGUCAAAAACCACAAUGAUUUUACGGCAUUGGGAAGAACGGACAUCAAACUUCUUAUUCCUGUACUUAAAGUCACAUAUGUUGGAAAUCCUGUUGAAUCAAUUAAAUCAUCUACGAAUGAUUUUGAAUUUUUUUUAGAAAAGGUGUUGAUCGGUGGAUCAUUGAUUAUUCGAAACUUUACAAAAUAUUCUAGCGAUCCUUUAAUUAUUGAUCAACUAAAAUCAUAUAUAAAGUGGGGUAUCAACGAAGCUUGUUUUGGACCUAGGGAUUUUUUCGGCUCUGUAGACAUUUAUUCAAAGAUGUUGAUAGAUUUGCAGAGUUCAGAAGGUGUAACUAUUCGACACGUCAAAGAUAUGGUAAAUUACCUGAAGAAACUUUAUGAGUAUGAAACUUUAUCCAUUAUAGCGUAUGAAAAGGUAGUUUGCCACAUGACCAAUGAAGUUUUUGAUAAUCGUCUAAUUCCUGGAGUUACUGAGAGUCACAAAGAAAUGACUAUUACAGAGUGGUUAAACGAUAAUAUACACUUAAAUUUACCAUACUGGAUAAACGAAUAUAGAUUAGAUCACGGCUUGGUGACAACUUCAGAAGGAUUUGUACCCGGAAUCAAGGCUGCAAUAGAAUUUAUAUCAAUACCAUUGAUUCAACAUUGUGAUCAAGUAGAAGUAAAGGUUACUGGUCCUAUAGCGCAAAAAGAUCUAUUAUACAACAAUCGCAAAAUUGAUUUGGAAAAAAUUCCAUUCCUAGAAAUGUCUUUUGGUGAAACUUUUGAAUAUAUAAAAUGUCAAAUUCUCAGAAGCACAAUAGGCAUUAGGAUUUUUGAAAAAACAAGGAAGAUAAGUCAACCAUCUAAAAAAUUAUUGGAUGAUGUUAAGAAUGCGUUAGACAGCAUAAAUCCGUAUAAAGCAUUGACAAUAAUUUUCUCGGAAUAUGGACACGUUUUUUGUCCAGAAAUUACCUUCGGCGGUAACUUAACUAUUUCAACUUAUUUUCCUUAUUAUUGGGAAAAACAUUCUGAUAGUGAAAAGAAUUUUGACGAAUGGAGAGGAUCGAUAGAUCAAAUUGAUAAUAUUAAGGAGGCUUUAAAAAACUGGGAAACUCUUUUAAUUAGAUACAAAUUAAAUGUGCCAAAGCUUGCAAAUAAUGUGAGUCGGGAAAAUAUAGAUAUUUGGUUGAGAGAUAUUCCUAAGAAUUCACAUUCAUGGUCUUUGGUGGAUCGCACGAAAUUGAUUCCAUUAUAUGACCUUUUUGACCAAAAUACUCAAAAUGAAAUACAGGACUUAAAUAACGAGAAACAAAAAAAGGUUUUAAUGAGUGGGGUUACAAAACUUUUUAAGGGAGACAUACGAUAUUAUCGAGUGGAAUUUGGACAUAAUCUUAAAAGUAAUGAUUAUGAUGUCAUAGGAUCUGCAAUUACCAAUAAUUUACGAAGAGAUGAUCUAAUUGUAAAAUUUAAGUCGAAAAAUGUUUCCGGAUUCUUAAUAUUCAUUGAAAAAUUAAAUAGCGAAAACGAUAGAGAUUUCAAGGUUAUUUGGCAAUUGAUUGGCAAUCCAAAAUCCGUUGAAUGCUUUAGUAAAAAUACACGUAAAUUUAGAGUCCUGAAUGGAACAAUAUCCAAUGUAAAAAUUCAAAAACGUAUAAAAUCUCUUGAAAUUGAAUGUGGAACCAUAAAUGGGCAAUUGUCUUCGGAUUUUCUUGUUGCGACUUCAGUUCAAUAUCCUCCUACCAAUAAUGAGCCUUUGCUUCAAAUAAUUGAAAUUUUUCUCGAGGAAGAACAAGACAAUUAUGUUUUAUGUGACAUAAAUUGGUAUGCUAUGGAUUUAAAUCAGCAAAAAACUAUUUCUUCGGAUAUAGGCAAGGAGAAUUUGUCCUUGGAUCUUAUUGGCUACAGAAACCUUUUACCAGAAUACGGUAGCAAUAUAAUCGUGAACGAAUUCAAAAGGAUCUUUAGGGGUCGGCAUGUAGGUUUAGAAAUUAAGGUUUCUAAUAAACACAGCAUUUUACAACUUUGUCAACCUGAAUUAUUUACUGGAAGUAAUAUCGACGAGCAAAUAUGUUGUAAUGUUAACCCUUCAGAAGAAGACCAAGCUAAAAUUUCAGGAAUGCUUGCUACAAAAGGCAUACUCUCUUUUAAAGUGAAAGACGGUGAACGUUAUCAUUACCUUGUGAUUACAUGGGUUGUCAAAACCGGUAUGACGAGGGGGAGAAAUUCAUUAACAGUCUCCAUACAGAAUGAAAAACCAGAAAGAAACAACAGUCAAAAAUUACAUGAUAAGUUGCAUACAAAAGAGAAUAGAAAGUAUCCUGGUGACACCAUUAAUCCAAUAAACGAUUAUUAUCGCGUAUAUGGAGGUAUUACUGACGGGAGAAACGCAAAAUUGGAAAUUAUUUUGCAUGAUCUUAAAGAUAGUUUGUUCUUUUCUUUAUGA